UCUCUGGUAGUAGUUUUUUGGUGCGAAGAUAAAGUGUACGCAACCAUCAGCGCGUUUUGGGUCGAGCAUCGACACUGCACCACAAUGCGUAUGUUCAUUAUCCCAUGCUGCCUGGCCCUGCUGGUGGCAUUGGCCACUGCGGAAAAUCCUGCCGAGCAGCAGCAGCAUCAGCAGGCCGAACAGAGAAGCGUAGAAGCUGAGUCAAAGGAUUCUCAACGUCUAGAGAAACGAGGAGCAUCGCUGGACGAAUGGAGCCACCUGUCGCACGGAUACGCCGAGCAGCACGGCUACCAGCAGUAUCAGCCGCAGCAGGCGCACUAUCACCAACAGCCGCAGCACCACUACCAGCACCAGCACGUCAAGUACGAGGAACCGAUCAAGACGAUCACGAUCGAGAAGAAGUACCCGGUGCCGUACACCGUGCACAAGCACUUCCCGUACACGGUCGAGAAGAAGGUGCCGUACGAGGUGAAGGUACCGAUUCCGAAGCCCUACCUGGUGGAGAAGAAGGUCCCGGUGCACAUCAAGGAGUACGUGAAGUACGCUGUCCACGUCCCGGAACCGUACACCGUGUACAAGAAGAUCCCGUACGAGGUGAAAGUCCCGGUCGAUAAGCCGUACGAGGUGAAGGUGCACGUCCCGAAGCCGUACAUCGUGGAGAAGAAGGUGCCGUACGAGGUGAAGGUCCCAGUGCCGGUCCCAGUUACCGUCGAGAAGAAGGUGCCGUACGAGGUGAAGUAUGAGGUGGCCGUCCCGAAACCGUACACCGUCUACAAGAAGGUCCCGUAUGAGGUGAAGGUCCCGGUUGACAAGCCGUACAAGGUGGACGUCCUGAAGCCGGUCAAGGUGGAGGUUUUGAAGCCGUACCCGGUGGUAGUGGAGAAGAAGGUCCCGUAUGAGGUGAAGGUGCCCGUGGACAAGCCUUAUGAAGUAGAGGUGCCACGCCCGGUGAAGGUUGCCGUUAAGGUCCCAGUGCCAGUGCCGUACACGGUCGAGAAGAAGUUCCCGUACACGGUGGAGAAGCCGGUGCCGUACGAGGUGAAAGUGCCGAUCGAUCGCCCAGUGCCCGUCUACAAGGAGGUGAAGUUUGCCGUCCACAAGGAGGUGCCAGUGCCGGUGAAGGAGAAGGUCAUUGUGCCGGUGCACGUGAGCGAGAAGAAGCCCGAAGCCGAGUACCACCAGGAACUGAUCCAGGAGCAGCAGCACCAGCAGCAUCACCAUGAGCAGCCGCAGCAGCUCGUGCAGUACGAACAGCAGCAUCAGCAACAGGAACAGUACUACCACGAUCAGCCACAGGCCCUGGCUUACCACGCGGAACCGCAGCAGGUUGUGUACCAUCAGGAGGCGCCAGCCCACACUGCCUACCAUCAGGAGAUCCAGCACCAUCAGCAGCAGCAGCACCAGCAGCACCAGCAGCAGCAGCAGCAGCAGCUGCAUCACCAGCAGGAGCAGCAGUACCACCAGUACCAGCAGCACCAGCAGCAGAUCUACAACGCUCACCAGCAGCAGCAGUACCAGCAGCAGGAGCAAAACCAUCACCAGCAGCACUACGAAUCGCACUAAAGGGCGGUGAUGCGUGAUCCCCCGUGCCAGACCGACAAUCCGGACGAUGUGAUAAACUGUUCGCCUUAAUUCUAAGAAGUUCAUAUACCUUGCCUCGUGACGCUUUGCAGCAAAAAAAAAAAACAAAAUCGGUUGUGCCGCGAUUGAACGGGUGUCGCUACCUGCUCCGUCCGCAAGAUCGAAAGAGUCCUUCGUUUCGCGCGACUCGUGUUUAUGUAUAACGCUUUACUGUUUAAGAUUAGCCCCAGCCAGUGUGUCAGCGAGUCAGCCGGCUUUGCCAAAAGAGAACUGACCCAGACGCAAGCAAGCGCCAAAAUUGGGAAUGUAGAGUCAAUGGAAACAAAAAAAUCUUGAAAUAUUCGGAUGCACCAAUCGAGCUGCAUGGGUCGAGAAAUGUCGCAGCCUUAACUGCUCCGGUCAGAUGCAGCCACAUUGACUAAAGGACUGGGAAGAUGUGUGCGUGCAUUUGGCUGGAGCCGUUACCGAUCGGGGCGAAAUGAACGACCACAGGUGGCGCGUUUGGCGAUAUUUGCAUCAAGUUGUUGUUAGUUGUUGUAUCGAAUGACUGAAAAUAUUAAAACAGAAAAAAAGAUAAAUAUACAAAAAAGUUAUGAU